UUGCUGUCGCCUUCGGCCGGUAACCGGAAGCUCUGUGACAGAACAUGAGGGCUGCCAGCGGUGGCACCUAGCCGGCUGUGUACCGCCGUCGGCCGCGUGAGUAGAGUCCUACUAUGUACCCUGGUUGGUCUGGAACUUGCUGUGUCUAUGUAGAUCAGGCUCACCUCAAACUCAGACAUCUGUCUGCCUGUGUCUCCUGAGUGCUGGGAUUACAGGCUGGUGGCUGAAUCUGCUGAGGCAUGGGCUGGGUCCAGGCCAGCCUGCUGGUCCGAGGCCUGUCCAGGGGCUGGGGAAGCAUCUGCAGUACUGCCCUCUCAAGAGCUGCCACCACUCAGGUGUCCCUCCAGGCCCCACGAGGCCUCCACUGCAGUGCAGUUAUACAUAAGGAUGACGUGUCGUUGGUUCCUCGACCUCCCGAGCCCCAGAGGAAACCCAUCAAGGUCCCAGUUCUCCACGAAGAACUGUUCACGCCAUCAGCAACUGGGGAGAAGGACAAGGCAAGCUUCUUACGUGCAUUGCGCAGCUUUGAGGAGCACAGUGUGCGCAAGCGUGGCCAUGUGGACUUCAUCUACCUAGCGUUGCGCAAGAUGCCAGAGUUCGGUGUGGAGCGGGACCUGUCAGUGUACAACCUGCUGCUGGAUGUCUUCCCCAAGGAGAUCUUCCGGCCCCGAAAUAUUAUCCAGCGCAUCUUCGUCCACUAUCCACGGCAGCAGGAGUGUGGGAUUUCGGUCCUGGAACAGAUGGAGAGAUAUGCCCAGGUUGACCUUGAAUUGCUGUGCUGUGGAGCUAAGCCUGUCCUUGGACUCCUGAUUUAUGUCUCGUCACGUCCCGAGUGCUGGGAUUACAGCUCUUUUAUAUGCACAGGAGUUAUGCCCAACACAGAGACAGAGUUCCUGCUGACUCAGAUAUUUGGACGCACAAGUUACCCCAUGCUCAAGUUCCUGCGGAUGAAGCUGUGGCUCACCCGCUUCAAGAAUAUCAACCCCUACCCUGUGCCCCGAGAUCUGCCCCAGGACCCUUUGGACCUGGCUAAGCUAAGCCUGCGACGCAUGGAGCCUGACCUCAGUGCCAAGGUCACUGUCUACCAGAUGUCUUUGCCCAGUGACUCCACAGGCACAGAUCCCAUCCAGCCCCACAUUGUAGGAAUCCAGAGUCCUGAUCAGCAAGCUGCCCUGGCCCGCCACAAUCCAUCCAAGCCUGUUUUUGUCGAGGGCCCUUUCCCUCUCUGGCUGCGCAAUAAGUGUGUCUAUUAUCACAUCCUGAGAGCUGAUCUGCCACUCCCUGAGGAAGAGAAAGUAGAGGAAAUCCCAGAAGAAUGGAAUCUCUACUAUCCAAUGAAGCUGGACCUGGAAUAUUCAAGGAGUGGCUGGGACAACUAUGAGUUUGACCUGGAUGAAGUGACAGAAGGCCCCGUUUUCGCCAUGUGCAUGGCUGGUGCCCAUGACCAGGCAACACUGGUCAAGUGGAUCCAGGGCUUGCAGGAGACCAACCCAAUCCUGGCACAGGUCCCUGUGGUAUUUCGCCUGGCCAGGUCCACCGGGGAGCUGCUGACAACCUCAAGGCUGGAGGAACAGUCCCCUCCCCACGGUUCUCCCAGGGACCAGGAGGAAGAUGCUCUUCAGGCACAGCCGCAGCAGGGUUGAGUCUGAGCCUGAGCUGAACAGGGACUGGACUGGUACAAAAUCAUAUGGACAGAAUAAAAACCCUGUUCUUUGGCCUUGUGGCUUUCCUUCA